CUGUUAACAUCUGACUCCAAAGUGAUCUGUUCUUGCAAUUUGUAGUCUAUGACAUUUCUGAUUUAGAUAUGAUAAUUUUUCACUAAGUAGUUUUGAUGUAGUGAAGUACUUUUUCAAAGUAACUUUAGUUAAGUAAAUUAUAUUUUUCUUAAGUGUAGCUUUAGUGUAGCUUCACUUCUUCCAGUAAGAAGUAAUUGGUAUAGCUUGGUAAACUACAUUUUCAGAGUAGCUUCCCCAACACUGUUUAUUGUUAUAGCCUACAUUUGGAAUUUGGAGAGCAUGUUUGCUGUAAGGACUAAGGAGGUGGAUUCUAUUUCUAACCAUUUUAACCCAUUGGGAUUAAAGGUGCGCCACUCCUGGCCCCUUUGUCUUUAGGUUGAGUUAAAUAUAGAGAUAAUACAUGGUGUUCUUCCUGUAUAGGUAGACUAACACAAUAGUAACAGUGUCAUUGGUGUUCAAUCAAUACCCUUAUAAAUGGAUUAUACCUAGUAGGCCUAUGUGAUCAUUAUUUUAUUGAGUUGCAGGCUAGCCUAUUUGUUUUAUGUAGCCUAGUUUCCCCCUAUAUUUAAAUACCAUUUAGAAUGAGAUUAAUUGAGAUAACCAUGACAUAUGAUACAACUAAUUAUAUGAAUAUGAAUGAAUAUUUAUGGUUAUUAUGUUAAAGAAGACAAAAAGACAUGCUCCAUUUAUAAAGUUGAUGACUGUGGCACACGACCGCUGAUCCCCGUGAAGAGGGUGGAGCGUCAAAAUACGUACUCUCUGCGCAUCCAGUCUCCUCCUCACAAAUCGAAUCGUUUGCCAUAGAAGGAAGGAAACUGAAGAGCUGAUCUACCUUCAACUUUUUCUAUGAUUUUGGUCUGUACAGGCUAGUAGCUACAUGUAUUGACGGGGCUUCUCUUCAGUUUGCCAAAGCGUUCAGUUUUUAAUUGUAGAAGGUUGCGCGCACAAGACAAGGAAUUCCAUCAAUGAUUUUCGCGUUGAGAUGUAGUUGUUUGAUUAUAUUGUGACGGUAUGCAGCCAGGAUUUGUAAUUUUAACACGGUAUCCGAGAACUUGUUUUAGCUUGGCACCUGAGGAAUAAUUUGAAUCCAAUCAAAAUGUCAUCGCUGAGUUCCCUGUGAUGCGUGUCUUUCAGCAGGUGUCAGAUUGGAGAUUUAGUUCAUUGUUGUGGCUCCCGCUGAGAAGAAUCACACAGGCACUGAUACACUGAAGUGAUCAGGUUUUUGCAGAUCAGAAUCCUGCUUGGCAGAUGGAGGUGAUUCGUCGCUCCUCUGUGUUUGCAGCCGGGGUGAUGGAGGCCUUUGACCAUUCCCCGUCCGACAAAGAACUGGUGUCCCAGUCCAAGGCACUGUGUAGGGACUACAUACACUCUAGGCUCAACCUCUAUGGACUGGGCUCGUCCAAAACUCAGGUGGACUCAACGCUUUGUGAGGUGUCUGCUGUGCUUCUCUGUCUUGGUGAUGAGCUGGAGUGCAUGCGGCCGAGUGUCUACCGGAACGUGGCGAGACAGCUCAACAUCUCAGUGGCCAUGGAGACCACAGUGUCUGAUGCCUUUGUUGCCGUGGCAACAGAGAUAUUUUCUGCAGGCAUCACAUGGGGGAAGGUGGUAUCUAUGUAUGCUGUGGCCGGGGCUCUGGCGGUGGACUGUGUACGUCAGAACCAGCCUGCUACGGUCCAAACCAUAGUGGACAGUCUGGGUCAGUUUGUCCGCAAGAAUUUGGCCCCUUGGCUGAAGAAACGUGGAGGAUGGACGGACAUUAAGAAAUGUGUGGUGAAGUUAGAUGCCGUUCCUCAGACCCAUUGGCUGUCUCCCGUUGCCGAAUCCUGCAAGCACUUUCUGUCAACACUGUACAUCUACAUUAUGAAGGAGCCAUGAAGGAAUUGGGAGAAGAACUAAGGUUGAACGGACAAGAGCCGGAGGAGAUUGCUGCCGUUUUACGGCCCUCUAACCAAUUGUACUAUUAUGUGUGUUUUUUCGCGUUAUUUGUCAUUUA